AUUCUAGAGAGUUUUGAGUAAUGGUGAGAAAUAUAUUACAACUGUAAACCUUUUGAUGCCAAAGGGCCCAUGACCCUUCUCCUAACUUAUUGAAGAAUAUUAAAACCCCAUCUCUUAAAAUCUUAUACUCCACUUCACAUUCUUCCCUGCUACACCACUCAUCUAUUAUGGAACUACAACCGCCCAUCAGAGAAUGUGAGGCUAAUGCCUCUUCCUCCUCCACCUCUUCUUCUUCCUCCUAUCCAUCCACCAAUUUGGGGCCCACCAUUCUUCCUGGGCCAGGCCAAAAUCAGAUCGAAGCCACACAGAGAAGCUCCGAGCCGGCAAUAAACGCGACCAAGAAGCGGGAUCGAAGCAAUGACAAUGGUGGAAAGCAUCUGACGUAUCGGGGAGUACGGAUGCGCAAUUGGGGUAAAUGGGUGUCGGAGAUCCGCGAGCCAAGGAAAAAGUCGAGGAUAUGGCUCGGGACAUUCCCCACGGCUGAGAUGGCGGCACGAGCGCAUGAUGUUGCUGCGCUGACGAUCAAAGGCCGAGCAGCGUUCCUCAAUUUCCCCGAACUGGCAAAUGACCUCCCCCGCCCUGCCUCUGCAUCACCUAAGGACAUCCAGGCGGCUGCUGCUAAAGCUGCAGCUACGACGUUCGAUGAAUUCAGGAGCCGCGAGGCUGAGACAAUGGUCACUCACUCCCCCACUCCCACCACCACUUCCGGCGACACCCAAGAAUCUUCCGUUUCCCCAUCGACCGGCGAUGAUGAUGCGCUCUUCGACCUUCCUGAUCUCUUCCUUGAUGUGGGCCACCUGACCAGUACGGCCGACGACUUCUACUACACUUCGCCGUGGCUUCCGGCCGGCGCCGACAUAGGACUACGGCUUGAAGAGCCUUUCUCAUGGGACCACUACUAGUGCUACAGGGUACAAAGCUCAACGGUCAUCCACACUAACUUGAAUUUACCAAUUUGGUUGAAGAACAGUACUCUCAAAAAGGGAACCCGAGCCAACGUCUCAAUCCAUGGAUUUGAAGCCAACGGUCAAAAAAAAAUCUACAAUUGGGGUUUUUUUUCCUGCCAUUCCAUUUUUUUUUUUCUAUUAUAACAUAAGAUUUUGCACGGAUUUGAAAACAGCAGGUUCUGUAAAUGUUAUUUGCCAACAUGAGCUCCCCAGGUUAUGCAGCUUAGCUUCCACCACCCCUUCAUCAUAUGAUAUACAAUAAAAUUCCACGUGUAUAUGAUGCGUAUUGGAAUUUAGCAAUGGCCUUUCCCUUGGUGGAG